AUGAAGAAUAUUGGAAUCUGCAUCCCAACCAUUGAAGGCGGAGUCAUCGCCCACCAAGAAAUCGGACGAGAAGCAGCGCGCCGGGGCAUUGCUUACCCUCAAAUUGUCACCCACACACUUGUCUACGAAGAACUGCAACAUGCACUCAGGUCGGCCGACAAUCAGUCCUUGGCAGAGUUAAUAGCUCACUCCAUCAACCGCACCGCCAAAGCUGGCGCGGAAUUCGCCAUCAUCAGUGCGAAUACUCCGCACAUCGUUUUUGACGAGGUCGUGGCGCAGUCAGACAUCCCUGUUCUUAGUAUCCUCGAUUUCGCUACAAAUCACUGCAAAAAUCAAGGCUAUAAGACCGUCGGAGUUCUAGGCACAACCUGGACUGUCAAAAACGGUCUCUAUGAUGGUCCAUUGCAAGACAGGGGCAUGACUGCGGUCUAUGCGUCUGACACUGACCAGGUCAUUAUCAUGGAUGCAAUUUUGCAUGAGUUGGUCAAUGGAACUGUCCUAGAAAAUACGAGGCGCGAGUUAGUGCGCAUUGCUAAGGAACUUGCUACACGAUGUGAUGGUAUUAUCCUUGGAUGUACCGAGUUGCCGCUUGUUCUUACAGAACAAAACUGCGGAAUCGAGGUUGUCGAUACAACACGUCUUCUCUCCCAUGCGGCUCUCGAUUUUGCGAAGGAUUGA